AUGACGGAUGAUCAUCCUAUUGUAAACCUACAUAUUAUCAUUCUUAAACAGAUAUUCCAAUGUAUAUUGGAUGUUGAUUGUCAAUCAGAGAUCGAUCACAACAACAUCAAUGAUGAUGAUGAUAUCAACAACAACAAUAAUAAUAACAACAACGAUGAUGAAGAUGAUAUAAACAUCAGACGUAGUAACACAAUGGUGUUUGGUUCGGAUGUAGCAGCAGCGGCAGCAGGAGUCGGAGAGGUUGAUGACGAAGCCGAAGCCGAAGCCGAAACAUUGCCAAUACCAAUGGGUGGCAACUUGCGACAUCAACACAGACAUAUACACGAGUUUGCAAUGGUCAGAUCAAUGUUAACAUUGUCGUUGGUAUGCAAGCAUUGGUUGGCAAUAGUACCUUCACUGUUCUACAAGUACAUACACGUGGGUAGUAUUGGCGAGUUUAGGGAACUUGUCCAUUUGUCAAGGUUUGGUGUGCUCUGUCAACAGCGACUACCCAUUCAGUUCCAGUAUGUCAACAUACAUCUGAAGCAGAGACACUCCAAAAAGACGGACAGACAGGUGAUGCUCGAUCUCUAUCGUGAGUUCCUACAGGAUACACAAGGAUGUCAUGCUCUAAAGAUACAUCAAGCCGAGGACACCAACGAUAUUGGGUCACAACAGGACAUCCUCGCCAGUAUGGGUCAGAACACAUCGGUGCACCUACUACAUCUGUGCAGAGCAGUAGCCAUUCCCUGCGGACUGGAGUCACUCAAUCUAUCUUAUAACCGUGUGUCUACAAGAUCGUUUGGCGACACAUUAUCAUUGUACAUACAGACUACAUGUCGACUCAAGCAUCUCAAUGUCAGCCACUGCCAGUUGAAAGAGUCUUCCUACAGCAUUGUAUCUGCACUGCUUUCCAAUCAAACAUUACUCAGUAUCAAUCUCAACAACACCAACAUAAGCGAGGACGCCCUUGUACAGUUCUUGGCAGAGGUGCACACUCGCUCGCCAAACCUAUGCGAUAUCACCUUGCUCACCCAGUCCUACUCGCCCUCACAAGCCCUGGUAGACACGGCAACUCAGUGCCAUCGUUUGUAUUGUCUAAGGAUACGG